AUGCAUGGAAAUCUGUUUAUUUAUGAUGAAAAAUAUAAACUAGUUGCAUUUGAAUCUAGCCUACGCUUAUCAUCACGGUGUUUUAUAUUUCUUGGUGGUCUUACAGAUGGUCUCCUAUCUCUACCAUACAUCUCACGUCUUAACCAAUGUCUUUCGCAAUUGUCAUAUUCAUUGAUUCAACCAUUGUUUCGUUCAUCGAAUCUUCAGUAUGGUUGGCAUACAAUUGAUCAUGAUAUCGAAGAUCUUCAAAGUUUAAUUGAUUUUUUAAUUAAGCAACGAACAAAUUUAGAAUCAAUUAUACUAAUGGGCCAUUCAACGGGUUGUCAAGAUAUUAUUCAUUAUUUGCGACAAGGAAAUAAACAUUCAUUUCUUCAUGGAAUUAUUCUUCAAGGACCAGUUAGUGAUCGACAAUACCUUUCAACGCUUUCUUCAACACAAAAACAAUUGGAAUAUUGUGAACAAAAUCGAGAAAAUAUUCAUGAAUGGUUACCCAGAUGUCUCCAUGAUCCACCAAUAACAAUUGAACGAUGUUUAUCAUUGAAUCAAAUCAAUUCCAUUGAAGAUCUUUUUUCAAGUGAUCUGUCCGAUGAACAACUAUCGAAGAUUUAUCAACAGAUUGAUGUUCCAAACAUGUGGAUAUGGUCGCGAAAAGAUGAAUACGUUCCUGAUCAGAUCCGAGAAGAAGCUGAAAGUUUUGUCAAAGAUAAAUUAGCGACGAAAAAUAAUUCGAAGUUUGUUUUAUUAGAACAGUCUGAUCAUAGUGUUACGAAUGAACAAGAACAAAUUCAUAUGAUUGAAAAUAUCGUUCAGUUCAUUCGAUCGAUUCAUUAG